CUGAAUCCUCAACGCAGGAACAGGGCUAGGAGGACACGGCUUUUCCAUCGCCCCAGAAUCCUGGAAGAGAGCAGCAAACAUUAGAGAGAACAGCGCCUGGGAUUUACGACUGUGGUCUCCUCUGACCCACUAAGCUGCCUGGGAGUUUUCCACUGCAGGGGGCCCCCACUGGGCUUCCUCCGAAAACCUCCGCCCUUCCCUCCCUUUGUCUUCCUGCCCCCUCCCCUUCCUCUACCCAGUCCUUCUCCUCAGGGGGACAUGGAUGGAUGACGUAGAGAGAGGAAGCCCUGUGAAGAUGGCAGGGGCCGUGGGGGCCGUUGGGCACAGGAUUCCCCAGUCCCAGCCUGUGGGAUGGGAGGCAGAGAUCUCACCCCACGCCCCCUGUGCCAGGCUGUGCGUGGGCCUGUUUGGCUUCUCUGCAUACUUCUCAUUCCACAGCCCCUGCCAGGCUUGCUAGGGGGUGGGAGGAGGUACCUGAGGGGAGCCCGGAGGAGCUCCCAGAAAAGGUGGGGAUGGGGAGCGACAGAGGGCAUAGCUCUGCCUCACCUAUUCUGGAAAGGGAACCCUGGUGCCAACGUGCCAAGCAAGAAGUGGCCAAGAAGGAAAUUAUGCUCAGCAGGGUUGGGUGAGGGACCCAGAGGCUUCCAUUUAUCACAAUUAAUUAAUAGAACUGGUGAUAGUUCCCAGUUAAGUGGAUCGGUAGAGAGAUUAACCAGAAUCAUGCCCUAGACCUGUGAUCCAUCCCUCAACCCUGGGCCCCUGGCCCCUUGGCAGCGAGAUCAAACUCAAUGCCGUAGAGUCAAAGGUCAGCUCCGGGAGGGACAAUUCAAGUUCAGGAAGUUUGGAGGAAAGUAGCAUUUAGUGGCCUCACCUCAGCCCUGCGGCAUUCAGAUCCAGGGCAAUUACCAACCGCUGGGGCAAUAGGAGUGUGCCGGGAGCUGUGAUCUGUGGUCCCAACUUCCAUUACAACCUAAGAAGCCAAUAAUGUUGUGUCAACAAGGCUGAGAGCCAAAAUCCAAGCCCAGGGCCCUUUGAUAAUGUUGGAGUCUAGUGGGAACCUGGUGGGAGGGAUCCCAGAGCUCCCGUCACCCCGGAAUCAACCUUCAUGGUCCUCGGAGAUUAAAGGGUCCCAACCCCGGGUCUUCAGUGUCUUAGGUUGCUCUCAGGGUCUCUUAAUCCAUCAUGGAAGCCUGUGGUGGGCCUGUUGGAAGUUUUCUUCUCUCUUGACACUCUGGUCUCUCAGUUACCUAAAACUCUUUGUCCCUCUGAUUUUAUUCCCUGACCCUGGUGACAGCUGAGUCAGAGACAGGCCACUUCCCCUGGAUUCCUGAUGGAUCCCUGGGGGCUGCUCCUUGGCUGUAUCCGAGUCUCCUAGUAAGUCCAACCUCCCCGCUCCUAGGGCGGGGAGUCCCGGGCUAGGCCGGGGGAGGGGGUGGACUUUUGGCCCGUUUAUUCCCUCCAUCACAGUCAACAGCUGCCGAGCGGAGCGGAGCGGGCUUGGCUCAUUCCUCUGACCUGCCAGGAAGCAGACAGUCCCAGGGACUGGACCGAGACAGUCAGACCUGAGCUCCCGGGGAAGGCCGACGGGGAUCGCAGCUGGACAGGCUGCCCUUCAGCCUUCUCCCUCCUCAGUCUGCCUUAGCAUCUCUUUGGGGCCCAAAGCCCCCAGAAUUCACCUGGAGGUACCACCUCUCUCCCAAUCCCUGGGGCUCGAGCCCCUUGGGGGACCUGCACCCCAGCAUGUCUACGGCUGUGGAGACCUUCGGCUUCUUCAUGUCGGCCCUGGGACUGCUGAUGCUGGGAGUGACCCUCCCAAACAGCUACUGGAGAGUGUCCACCGUGCAUGGGAACGUCAUCACCACCAACACCAUCUUUGAGAACCUGUGGUACAGCUGUGCCACCGACUCCAUGGGAGUCUCCAACUGCUGGGAGUUCCCUUCCAUGCUGGCCCUCUCUGGGUAUGUCCAGGGCUGCCGCGCCCUCAUGAUCACCGCCAUCCUCCUGGGCUUCCUGGGCCUCUUUCUAGGCAUGGUGGGGCUGCGCUGCACCAACGUGGGGAACAUCGAUCUCUCCAGAAAGGCCAAGAUACUGGCCAUUGCAGGGAGCCUCCACAUACUUGCUGGGGCCUGCGGAAUGGUGGCUAUCUCCUGGUACGCCAUCAACAUCACUACUGACUUCUUCAACCCCUUGUAUGUUGGAACCAAGUAUGAGCUGGGUCCCGCCCUCUACUUGGGCUGGAGUGCCUCCCUGCUCUCCAUUCUGGGUGGCAUCUGUCUCUUUUCCACCUGCUGCUGUACUGCCAAGGAAGACCCCGUCGCCAGGACUGGCCUUCCCUACAAGGCUUCUACAGUUGUGGUCCCCAAAGCCACCUCGGAUGAAACUGACAUCAGCUUUGGUAAAUAUGGCAAAAAUGCCUACGUGUAGGAGCUCUGGCCUGGUGGACACCAUUUAUUGUCCCACUGUCCCCAGGACCCUCAGACCACUCUCCAGUUAAUAACCUCAGGACAGACCAUUUCCAGACUCCACCCUGUGCCUGGAAGCCCCGACCUGCUCUGGGCACGCCUUACCUGUCACUCCAGCCUCUCCCAGGAACAGAAGCUGUGGAGGCUACUUGCGAGGCCUCCUACAGCUGGACCCAAGGGGACAGAGGUGUCUGCAGCUUGUGACACCAUAUAAAUACAUGUACAAAUAAAUGUAUAUUGUGAUUGUUCAGGGGCUUCAGGGGUCAUGAAGGUGCAGCCAAGCAAGGGGCUCGUUUUCAAACCAUGGACUGUCAAGACCAUCCACUUGAGCUGUCUCAGCUAGUGAAACAAUGUGCCAAGGGGCUGGGGAGAUGGUUCGGUGAGUUAGAGUGUCUGCCACACAAGUUUGAGGACCUGAGUUCAAAUCCCCAGAAUCCACGUAAAAAGCCAGGUAUGGUCACACUCCUGUAACCCGAGCGCGGUUGGGGAGGCUCUCUGAGGCUUUACUGGCUUCCAGCCCAGCUCGAGGUUCAAUGUGAGACCCUGUCUCAGAGGAAUAAAGUGAAGAAUGAUAGAGCAGGGUGCGAGAAGCCCUCCUCCAACCUUUGCAGGCACACAGACUCAUGCACAAACAACACACACACACACACACACACACACACACACACACACACGCACACGCACACGCACAUGCAUGCACGUUCUUAAAAAAAAAAGUGUUGCAAGCGAUUUGAAAGAAGAAUAGCUAAUUACCGCUCAGAGUCACCCACCUCAGGGAAUCAUUGUUAGCUGGGAUGCCCCCGGCCAGCUGAUAGUCUCUCUCUUUUGACUCUUAACCUGUUUUCUUACAGCUGCACAGAGGAGCAGUUGGUCUAGAACAGGAGUUUGUGUGUGCGUGUGUGUUUGAACUAGA